UCCCUUUGUAUAUAAAUUGAUCCCUUUGUUCCCCAUUCUCUCAUUUCAAACCUCUCAGUUCCUUCAUCUUCUAAGCUUAAUUUUCAAUCCAUAGGAGCUCGUAACUCAAGGGGUAGAGCACUUAAUCUCUACAUCCACCACAAGAGUUCGAGUCCUAAUUUUCCGGCCUGUGUGCUUUGAAAUUUGAGCAGCAUCAACAAAGUCAACCAUGGCACUUUCAAGUAUGAUGUACACCCUUCUUCCGGUCACUAAAGCUGCCUCCGGCGCAACCCGGUUUUCCUUAAUCCGUUCUAGUCAUCAUCAAGAAGCUGUUCUUGAUCACCAGCAAACAAAGACAUCAAACAAAGCCAAUCGUCUAGCUGAAUCACUAGCCCAUCUCCUUCACCUUCAUAUCGAUACCCCUCCAAGAACCAACACUCACUCUACUAAUUGGAAUUUGUUUACUGAAGAGAAAAUUUCAACUCCCACAACUUCCCCAAAGGAAAGCAUAUCAGAAAAAUGGCGUGAAAUUCAUGGCUCAAAUGAUUGGGAGGGUCUUUUGGACCCUCUGCACCCUUGGCUAAGAAGAGAGAUUGUCAAAUAUGGUGAAUUUGCCCAAGCAACAUAUGAUGCUUUCGAUUUCGAUUCAUUCUCAGAGUACUGUGGGAGCUGCAGGUACAACCACAAGAAGCUUUUUGAUGUGUUGGGUCUAAGCAAAAAUGGCUACACAGUGAGCAAAUAUAUUUAUGCAAUGUCUCACAUCGACAUGCCGCGUUGGCUGGAGAGGUCGCAUUUGGCUGAAACCUGGAGCAAACACUCAAACUGGAUGGGAUUUGUUGCUGUCAGUGACGAUUUGGAGACAAGAAGGAUUGGAAGGAGGGAUAUUGUGGUGGCUUGGCGCGGGACGGUGGCGCCAUCUGAGUGGUAUGAGGAUUUUCAGAGGAAACUGGAGCCAAUUGGGCAUGGAGAAGCCAAAGUUGAACAUGGGUUCCAUGGCAUUUACACAGCCAAGUGUGAGACUACAAGGUACAACAAGUCCAGUGCCUCAGAGCAAGUCAUGAAAGAAGUGACAAGGCUGGUGGAAUUUUAUAGAGCACAAGGUGAAGAAGUGAGCCUUACAAUUACAGGGCACAGCUUGGGUGGUGCCUUGGCUUUGCUCAAUGCUUAUGAAGCCGCAGAAACAAUUCCUGGCCUUCCCAUCAGUGUGGUUUCCUUUGGUGCACCUAGAGUUGGCAAUAUUGCCUUCAAAGAUGAGCUCAACCAAAUGGGGGUUAAAACCUUGAGGGUUGUGGUGAAGCAGGACAUGGUGCAUAAAAUGCCAGGGCUUGUUUUGAAUGAGGGUCUGCAGAAAUUUGAUGACAUAACAGGCACACUGGAUUGGGUUUACACACAUGUUGGAGCUGAGCUGAAGCUUGAUGUUGGUUCGUCGCCUUACCUCAAGCAUGGCGGGUUCAAUUUGCCGGGAUUUCAUAGCCUUGAGACCUACCUUCAUCUUGUGGAUGGUUUUCUAAGCACAGAAACUACUUUUAGGUCAAAUGCUAGGAGGGAUGUUGCCUUGGUGAACAAGGGAUGUGACAUGUUGGUGGAUGAUCUUAGAAUCCCACAAUGUUGGUACCAAUUGCCACAUAAGGGACUAGUUUGUAAUGCUCAUGGGAGAUGGGUAAAACCCAAAAGAGACCCUGAAGACAUACCUUCACCUACAAGAGAAGCACAAGCACAAGCACAUGCUCUUCAAGUAGAGAUGAUGGAAUCAGAUUAUGCACUUUGUUUUUAAAAUUGUAAAUUUUGACAGUUAAAAACUUGAAAUGUCUCCGCAUUUUGUGACCAUUUCUUGGCUCUUUCAUCAUGGAUCUCUCACAAGGUUUAAGAAA